AGCAAUUCAAGACCGUACAAUAUCCAGACCCUCAAAUUCUAUCCCCAUUGCCUUUGGUUGAAUCAAUGCAACCGGAAAAAGAAAGAGAAAAUUUUGACUCCAAGCUUUUUGAAGACGAUCUUUAACGGAUUUUUCGUUAAGAGAUUGGCUGAGGAAACCAAAAACAUGAGGUUCAAAGAUGAACAGCGUAGCCAAAAUACUCCUCCAUGUGCUAGACUCAGUCACUACCCCACAAUCAAAAAUGUUUCCAAAAUUGGGUCUUUCAAUCCAAUUGAAGCUUGACAACUAGGCUUUCUUGUGGAGGUAGAUAUGAGAAACUGGAAAAACACCCUUCUUUGGCUUCUGGAAUUUGGCCCUCUUGCGUAAAAGUAGUUCUCAUUCUAUCCUAUUUCCCACCUGGUUCCCACAUUACUCUAAACUUUGAGGUUUUUUGUUUUUAUUCUUCUCUGUCUCUCCUUUUACUUUCUUCCUUUUUUUUCUUCUUGUGGGUUGAUGGGAUCCCCUGUAGUGCAAAUCCAAGCCAGAAGAUUUGUUCAUUUGAAGUGGGCUGAUGAUGUUGGGUAUCUGCCAAUUGUGAAUCCCUCACCAAAAUCAAUGUUUUUUCUUUCUGGGGUGGCAGAAUUGUGUGAUUUGAUGGUUGGUUUUAGACAAAUAGUUUAAAAAAUGAAGGAAGGGCUUUCAAAAAUUAAGUUGAAUCUUUUACAUAUUUCCCUCAAAAGGUAACGAUCGUGGUGCUUGUAAAAGUAUUUGAUAGUUUGCGAACUGGUGAAGGAUAUUUUAUGGGCUUUCUAUUUUUGAAAUGGAAAUCCCUUUGUUUUUAACACACAAAAUCAUGGAAUUGGGUUCUUCUGGUGAAUUUUGAAUUUAGCAAGUUUGUUUCAUUUGGAAUUUUGGUGAGAGGAUGAGGGGGGGAAAGGAUGAAGAAAAAUUGUUAAGUCCGAUGUUCCCCAGGCUUCAUGUGAAUGACACAGAGAAAGGAGGCCCAAGAGCCCCUCCAAGGAAUAAAAUGGCUCUCUAUGAGCAGCUCACAAUUCCUACUCAAAGGUUUUCCUCUGGAUCAGCUUCAGCCGCUCCUCUUCCAAGCAGUAGUCCAGCUCCCUCGACGUCUCCUAGCCAUUUUUCUGGCCAAAAAAGGGGCAUCUUCUCAUCAUCCUCCAAGUGCUCUGUACAAUCUCAUCAGGCCGAGAAACUUCACUCUUAUUGUUCUAGAGGAGUUGUGCAGAGUAAUGAGGCAAAGUUGCUAAAGACAAGUCUGGUAGCAACAGGAUCACUGUCAUCAAAUCCCCAAUCCAAUUUAGUCAGAAAGAAUAAGAUAUCGACUCUCAAGGACUUUUCUUCGAAGGACGCUAGAGAAAAAGACGACGAGUUCUGGAUUCCUGCCUCUGACCAACCUAAAACUGGUGUGCACAACCAUGAUAGGGAAAGGAUGUCUAGCACCAGUAUGAGCUCUUCUGCACAACUUGGAAUUGCUUGUGAAUCACAGGGUAAUAUAGCUGUCACAAAUCUUAUUUCUAGAAAAUACGUGGGGAAGGAAGGCGAGGAGAAUCUAAAUUUGACCAAGGCUACUCGGAAUCCUGAGGAGAGGUCUGCAUUUAUCCCUUCAGCCACUGGUAACUCAUUGUUAGAGGCAAAGGCUUGCCCUUCAACAAAGUAUAAGGACUUUGAAAAGACAAAGCUACCCCAUCCAUCCAUGGCCAAAGAAAGCUGGACUCCAGUCAGCAAUUCAAAUAGACUGUGCGGUGCAAACGUGAGAGCAUAUCCAGAAGAUUUGGCUGAGCUGAGCUCUGAAGCUGUCCAAGACAAGGUGGGUUGCAGCCAAGGUCCCGGCUUGGAAAAUUCAUCCAUGGUCAUUAGAGAAUCAUGUCCAGUGUUGUCACCUAGAGAUGGGGAUAGAAAUUUAGAAAACCCUGAUAACCGCAGCAGACCUAAUGAGUUCAAGAAGUUCUCGACUGUGCAGUUGAGAGAAGUAGAACAAAAAGAGAAUGUUUCAGAUGCUUCCUUAGUAGAUUCAACUUCAGCUCCAAAUAUCUCCCCCGAUGUUGUCGUGGGGUUGAUUGGCGAAAAACAAUUCUGGAAAGCUAGAAAAGCGAUUGUUCAUCAGCAAAGAAUUUUUGCAGUACAGGUGUUUGAGUUGCAUAGACUCAUAGAGGUUCAAAAACUCAUUGCUGGAUCACCACACAUCUUACUUGAAGACUAUUUGGACAACCCUCCAUUAACUCUUUCUUCUGUUAAGAACAAGCUAACUGAGUGUGCUCAACCACCGGUUCUGAGCACCAUAGUGAAAGAGAAUCAUCAACAGCCCUAUCUCGCUCUCAACAGCAAAUGUGCAGAUAAGAAUCCUCUUGCUAAGAUUCCUUUACCUUCUUUCAACAAGGACAACAGUAAACUUGCACUUGCUCAACAAACAAGCAAUGAGCUUCAUGUAAAAGACAUGCAGCCACCAACUCCCACUGCUGCUGCUCCAAAAUCAGAUCCCUGGUGCUUGAACCACCCUACGCCAGGAAAUCAAUGGUUGGUUCCUGUUAUGUCCGCUUCGGAAGGGCUUAUUUACAAACCAUAUACAGGGCCGUGUCCUCCAAGUGCCGGAUUCAUGACACCAAUGUACGGUAACUUCGGAACAAUGAGCCUAAAUGCAGGUAGUGGAGCUAGAGACUUUUACCCUCCAGCUUAUGCUGUUCCUGCAUCUCACAACCAAGGGUUUGGAUAUUUUCCUGGCUCGAUUCCAUUGAACCAGGCGUUCUUUCCACCUUAUGGCAUUCCGGUGACUAAUCAAUCCAUGUCCGGGUCAGUUCCAGAUCAAGUGAGUCUUUUCAGUAAAGUCAAGUCAAAAGAACAGGAAAACCAGAUAUCAACUGGGGACGUCAACUACUUGACGCAUCAAGAAAACUCGUGUGAAAUGCUGAGUCAAACGAGCCAUUCAAUGCCAUUUCACGUUCAGAAAUUUCAUGGAUCAAAGGGAAGUGAAUUGUUGGGAAGUACAGCUAGUAGCCCCUCUGAGAGAGGUAAUGGAGAUGUGCUUCCUCUUUUUCCUACUGAACCACCAGCUGAGGAGUCCAGUCCAAAUCCAGAAAUCAGUGAGAACAAAUCAAGGGCCAUUAAGGUUGUACCUCAUCAUCCUAGAUCUGCAACUGAAUCAGCAGCUAGGAUUUUUCAGUUAAUACAAGAAGAAAGAAACCAACUAUGAUGUAUUUUAGAAUUAUAUUUGUAGAAAUCAACUUUUACCACCCUCCCUUUUGCUCCCCAACAGAGGACUUCAGCUCCUCAGAGUUGAUGAAGUUCAUCUGGGAAGUGACAUCCACCGAGUUGUCAAUAUUCCUAUUGAAAUGUUAGAAAAUUUUGUCUGUAAUCACGUUUUUCUGGCUAAUGAAAAUGUGAAUAGAUUUCCGAAAGAUAUAAAAGCAUACUCUUUCUUUGUUGGGA